CCAAGAUGUAAAUAAACUAUUUAAAAUAAUAGAUAGAAUGAAUAUUAUUUUAUUAUCAAGAAUUUGAAAUACUUUCAAUUUCAUGAUGUUGAUUAUUCUUUGAGAUGAAGUUGAAGACACUUUGUCCAUGUAGUCAUAAGAUAACUAGGUCGUCCCAUCUCUUUGAAAAUUUUAUACGAAACAGAAAAAGCUCAAUACAAAUCCUGAAAGCAAUAAAAAUAAAAAUUGAAUACCAUUUGUAGAUUUUAAUGAAUAAUUGUUACCAAUUUUAUAUAAAAAUAUAAUAAAAACUUGUAAGUGUAAUGAGUGAGCAAAUUUAAUCCCAAAAAUAAACAAUCUAAAAAGCUUGUGGACUGUGAGGAUGGGUAGGUAACAAGUUAUCUCUCUAUACUCCCUCCUCCUAUUUCCUAUGAAGAAGAUCAAUAUUCCCUACCCAAGGGAGACAGAAUAUCUCUUCUGACGCUUGCAAAAGGGUAGGGGUGCGAAUGAAAUUACUCUAUAGACAAAGCCUGUUGCUGCCGCUGCACUUUGCAACUAGUUUUAGUGGGCGGUCAAGUGAUGUGUGGUGAUUUGCACUCAAAAGAUUAUGGAUAAACUUGCUAAUGCGACCCAUGAUAAAAAUGCAACAACUAAUCCUGGACAAAAUUGCGUGGGCAAUUCAUCAAUUUUAUUUGAUAAAAUUCUCAUAACUACUCCACCUUUAGAUCAAGUUGAUCAAGAAUUAAAAUGGAUCUUUUCUUUACAUUCAUAUGGUUUUGGAUGUCUUUUUUUUGUACUGAGUUUCUACACAUUGUUUUCUAUUUUAAACCUCAGAUCUCUCCUGUCCAGUCGGCCUUUCAUGUCAUCAAUCAACAUAUUUCUCUGUCUCUUGGGAGCGUCGAGAAGUGGCUGUCUUUUUAUAGAUCCUUACAAUCUCCAAGAAACAAUGCCAAAAGUAAUUGGUUCAAUAAUGUGGGACAUUGGAUUUCCUUGCGUGACCUCGGCCUUUUGCCUCAUACAACUUGCUUUCCUCCAACUCACGCAGCUUAAGUUUGGUCCGGCAAAGAUACAAAAAGAAUCAUGCCUAAGUCUUAUCAUAACUUCACACUUUUCGUGUGUAAUAGCAAGUGAUGUAGCAUUAGCAUUCCAUAAUCACUUUAUUACCAAGUAUGUGGUGCAAAGUGCUUAUCUCACUUGGAGUAUACUCCUGUACUUGACCUUCCUUCAUGCUGGCUAUAAAGUCAUGAAUCUUUUAAAGAAUUUACCAAAUCACAUUCUCACUCGAGAUAACUCUUUGGGAAGUCAGAAAGGAAUCAUGCAAUUAGCAAUGCUGGCUCCCUACAACAAUCUGGCAUCUUCCGUAGCUGCAGCAUUGGUUCCAACAUUAUUAAGCCAAAAAUCCAAGCCUGAUGAACGCGAUGCAGUCAAUCAUAACAAGAAUGAAGUAAAUAAUAAAAUGAAUUCAGAAGAAAAAGAUAAAUUUGACACAACAGCGAUGUCAAUAAAUAAAAAUAUCCAAGAACAAAAUCAAUCUACCUCUACAGUACCAGAAGUUUAUGUGAGACCACCAACGCCAACUCCUCCAAUAGCAAAUCUUCCUAUAAUAACAAUUUCCAGUGCAAGUCGGAGAAGUUCUGUAGCAAGCAGUCGAAGAGGAAGUGAUGUAUCUAGGGAAUCCAGAAGAAACUCAGAAUGUAGUAUUAAAUCUAUUGGCAGGGAUGAUACAUCGUCGAUAGCAGAAAAUAGACACUCGCCAAUUUAUGAUCGACCAAGAACGCCAGAAGGAGCUAUGAGAAGACAUUCUGAUAUGCCCACACCUACUGGAAGUACUAAAGAUAUCAGAAGAUGCUCAGAUUUCACUCAUGAAAAAAAUAGAAGCUCACAGUUUGCUACUAAGCUAAGGAGAAAUUCUGAUUUUGGUAAUCGAACACCCAAGAGAAUGAUGCAAUUAGAUGAUCAUCCAAGAUUACCUAGGGUAUUGGAUAUUAGUCCGGCUGGCUCUCGACGUAAUUCUGAUAUUGGUGGAUUAGCAAGUGUAAAAAUACCAGAAUCUCGGAGAAAUAGUGAUAUUUCUUACAGACGUAAUUCAGAGCUAUCUGAAAUAAAACCAUUCGUAAUGAAUCGCCGAACUAGUGACGUCAGUAUUAGAACAUUGGAUAAAAGUCCUACUCACUUCCAGAGCUCAAUACCAAAGAUGGAGAUUCUCGAAAAGUCUGAAUCAGAUUCAGAACAACCAGAUUGUAAUGAAAAGGCUGCAUUAAUGACAAAUGAUAAACCAAAAAAUCCAGAAAGUGAACCAAAAAAUCGUAAAAAAAGUCUUUCAUGGAAAAAUAUUGAUUCUUGUAGAAAUGAUGAUAUUACUGCUGAAAGCAGUCUGUUGCCAGAAAAUAUAGAUAAUAAAGUAGGGGGAAGUGACUUUACUCUUCAUGCAAUUCUCAAUCACAUUGCCCAUGUAAAUCGGUCGAAAUCAAGCAUUCCACUUCACGUUCCAGAAUCGAGUACUGCUGCAGCUCGUAAAUCACAGAUUAAGAGAAUUCUUCAUGUUAUUUAUGCAACAGCAAUCUUAGGGAUAAUUUUAUGCAUCGCAGACAUCAUACGAAUAUUUGGACCAUAUGGAUUACUAGCUGAUACCAUAAGACCAGGUGAACAAUUUAAAACAGUGAAAUAUCCAAAGCCUGUACCUUGGAUUAUUUAUCAAACCAUCUGUCGUGGAUUAGAAUUAAUAAUGGGUUGUGCUAUGGCAAGUAUUACCAAACAAUCAUCUGUAAGUCCAAGACAUCAAUAUUUUCCUAAUUAUAACAGUAGUUAUCGACUGAAGAAUCGCGAUGAUCCGUACAUAUGAAAUCCGUUGAAAUUAGGAGCAUGAAACAUUUCAGAAAGCAAUGACUGUAUUUAGAUUUUUUAUUUGUUUAUUUAUUAUAAAUCGAUCAAAAACAUCAGUACUUUUUUUAUUAUUCAAUGUUAAAAUUUUAUUCACGAGUUAAAGUAUAGUGGGUGUAUAUUACACCAAUAAAUGGAUUUUUUUUUAUUAAAGUUUGAUUAAAUAGCAGCAAUGAAGGUAAAUAUGUUGAAAAAUUUUCCAAUUGAUUCUAGUAAGACUAGAAUAAUAAAUUUAAUUAUAUAUACAUACCUUUCAUAAAAAUCAAACUUGGGAACAUGAAAUUGCUGUGAACAAAAGACUUAAAGACUAAUGAAAAACUGAAAAAAAAAUUAUAAUUAAAAAAAAAAAAAAACAGAAAGAGAAAAAUAAUGAAGAAAGCGAUAUAAAUGAUUAAAUUAUCGAUUGAUUAUUUAUUUAACAGCAAUAGUUUAAAGUUGGAUUCUAAAUAAAAGUAAAUUGUGUUCAACAUUAAACAAAAUAUGUGGAAAUGCAACAAUAUACAAGUGUUAAUUAAUAGCAAUUAAUUUAAAAAAAAAAAAAAAUUAUCAAUGUGUUGAUAAUUAAUAAUUCUAUCGUCCAAUAAAAAAAGUCAUUCAUUUAGAUAAUCAUCAGAUUAAAAAUUGAUAAACUAUUUAUUUUUUAUCAAAUAAAAUUAGUUGAAUAUAUAUCAGUGAAAAUAUGAUAAAAUUCCGCAUAUAUUGAGCAUUUAAUGGUUAAUCUCGUCAUUAAAUUUAUUUUUUUACUAUGACUAAAAUGGCUCAAGUCUACGUUAUCAAUCAAUUUAUUUAUUUUCUAUGAAAAAGAUCAUGAUGAGCAUCAUGGGAGGGCUUUAAUAUUUAAUUCUAUUGUAAAUAAAAACUUAUAAUCAAAACCAACAUAUAUAUUAUACAUAAAGAUUGAAGUUUGCAAAAAAAAUAAAAAAGUGGAAGUUUAUUCAGUUAUUAUAUUAUUUAUCUAAGUUGAUGAUAAAUAAAUGUAAUAAGUAGUAAUAAAAAUGAAUAACUUUUUUAUUUUUUUUUUUAUACACAAUCAGUGUACACUUCAAACCCAAUUUUUCAAGUGCCCGACUCUUUAAAUGUUCAACCGAAAUAUUUUAAUACUUGAGACUAAUGACUUUAAUGUUUUUCAUUAUGAAAAUUAACAAUGUUAUGAUUCUAUAUGUGAUAUGCAUCUUGAUGUUUGUAGAGUUAGAUCGAUUGUUUUCAAUGAUAUCAGUACUCGUCUUAAUAAUAUUUAUUGUUGGUAUUCGAAAUAUUAUUAAAUGGUUUUUUUUGCAACAAUUAUAAGAGAAUGAAAAUAUAAUUUAAAUUAUUUGCAAGCAUUACUAAUAAAUAUUUUUACAGAAAUUUCGUUUUAAUGUAUUGAAAUAAUAAUGAUGAUUUUUUUUUUUUUUUAUAUAAGUCAGUAAAGUAUCUUAGAAGUCAAAUAUACAAGUACAAAAACUUCAAUUAAAAAUGUUUAGGAAUACUUAUGAGUACUCAUGACAUUGUGAACGUUUUUAGAUUUUUCAUUAUCAUAUAGUAGAUGUUUCGAUGUGCCAAAACUACUCAUGUUAUCUAUUCUAAAUGUUUAUUAAACUAAAAACAAAUAAGUUAAGAGAAAUUAUAUUGAACAAAAAAAAAAACACAAAUAUCAUGAAAAAGUUAAGGAGAGAAAAGAUAUAUCAUUUUU